AUGCCCCGCUCCUUCCUGGUGAAGAAGCUGAAGGCUGAGGCGUUCCCGGCUGCCGGGGCCCCCGCGCCCCCCUACACCCCCCUGGAGCCCCCCUACGCGCUGCCUGGCCCCGCCGCCGGCGAUGGGUACCUCCAGCACUGCCUGGCACCCUCCGGCUACGACUCCGACAAGAAGCAAGGUCUGCCGCCAGCACCCCCGGACCCAGCCUACGCGCCGGGCCACGAGGAGUACAGCGACCCCGAGAGCCCCCAGUCCAGCUUCUCCGCCCGCUACUUCAACGGGGAGGCGGCGGUGACGGACAGCUACUCCAUGGACGCCUUCUUCAUCACGGACGGGCGAUCCCGCCGGCGCAGCGAGAGCCAACGCCGCGGCAGCCACCGCCACUCCUGCCCCGAGUGCGGCAAGACCUACGCCACCUCCUCCAACCUCAGCCGGCACAAGCAGACCCAUCGCAGCCUGGACAGCAAGAUGGCGAGGAAAUGCCCGACCUGCGGCAAGGCUUACGUCUCCAUGCCCGCCCUGGCCAUGCACGUCCUCACCCACAACCUCAAGCACAAGUGCGACGUGUGCGGCAAAGCCUUCAGCCGGCCCUGGCUGCUGCAGGGCCACAUGAGGUCCCACACCGGGGAGAAACCCUUCGGCUGCUCCCACUGCGGGAAAGCCUUCGCCGACCGCUCCAACCUGCGCGCCCACAUGCAGACCCACUCCGCCUUCAAGCACUACAAGUGCAAGCAGUGCGAGAAGACCUUCGCCCUCAAGUCGUACCUCAACAAGCACUAUGAGUCCGCCUGCUUCAAGGGCUCCGAACACAGCUGUGCAAUAGGGAACUAGCACCCCAGCCCCCUGCAGCACACCCCCAGCCCCGU